AUGAGUUCGUUUGAGGUGGUGCCAUGCAAAUCUCAACAACAUUCCAAAGUGUAUAAGAGCCAACAAGAGGAGCGUUAUCGAAACAAAAUUUUUCUUAAAAACAAACUCGAGACCAUUCAGCACAACAGCUUGUACGAGCUUGGACAGGUGUUUUUCAAAUUGGGCUUAAACGAAUAUUCUGAUUUAGACCAUAGUGAAUUCGUUGCAAGAAUGAACGGUGGAUUUAAUAGCAGCAUAAUCCAAUUUCAAUCAGAAGCUGUAACUUACAUAGUGCCUAACUCUAAUGUUCUUGUACCAUCGUCAGUUGAUUGGACAACAAGUGGAGCGGUCACACCAGUAAAGAAUCAGAGUCCGGGUUCACAACAAUGUAACUCAUGCUGGGCUUUCGCCGCUACUGGAGCUUUAGAAGGACAACAUUUCCGAAAAACUCAGAGCCUUAUAUCGUUGUCUGAACAAAAUUUGAUUGAUUGUAGUCUAGAAUUCGGAAACCAUGGCUGUCGUGGUGGAGGGGUGAGUAACGCCUAUCAAUACAUCAUCGCAAAUGGUGGCAUCGAAACUGAACAGUCGUACCCGUAUGAAGCUCGAGAUGCAGAAUGCCGUUAUAGAGUUGAUCAUAAUUCCGGAGCGACUGUGAGGGCGUUUGCUGCAGUUAGACAGGGCGAUGAGAAUGCGUUAAAAAUGGCUGUUGCAACAACCGGGCCAGUUGCGAUCGCUUUUGAUGCAUCGCUCAGUUCAUUUCAUUCUUAUAGCAGUGAUGUAUACUAUGAUCCCAAAUGUAAUCCUCAGCACUUAACUCAUGCGGCUCUCGUAACUGGCUAUGGCACUACCCAGAGUGGUAUUGAUUAUUGGAUCGUUAAAAAUUCAUGGGGUACAAGUUGGGGACAGGGCGGUUACUUUUUCCUUGCAAGAAACAGAAGCAAUCACUGUGGUGUAGCAUCGGCUGGAAUUUAUCCAUUAGUUUAA